AUGGUUCAAUUAGAAGACACCCAAUCUUCCAUCACUUUAAGUGUUGAAAAGGAUCCGUGUUCCGGGAGCAAUGAAAAUAGUGCAAAAUACGGAUAUAAUUUGAUUGUUCUCCUGAAAUCUCUGACACUGGAACUGGACGAAUCCGGUGAAAAUGGCCCGCGAGCGUUUAACAUUUACCUUUCGCUGGGUGAUUCUGCUCCGAUUGAAAUAUCCGGAACGGUGUCGGAUAUUAAUGACCAACGAAGUGGUUACGCAAUCAGCGUACCCUGUGAGAAUCCGGCUGAGUUCAAAGAUUAUCUUACUAAAAACAAUCUGAGAAUUGUUAUGAAGCAAAACGGAAUCGAAAUUGGGGGAGUAAAUGUUCAUCUGGUGGAACUCAACUUAGCGUCAUUCGACCCACCGAAUUUUGAACCCACAAUCAUUUCGAAGAAGUUUAGCAUCGUCCAUAACUCAUCAACGAUUGGAACAAUACACCUAAUUCUGAAAACGGACAUCGUACGAUCAGUCACGGAGCUAAGGGCAUCCCGGAUCGAAGACGACAGUAUUGUGUACAUCGUUAACGAUACCCCGGAACGAAGAAGCAGCGAAUAUCAAGAGGAUACCAUGCGAAAGCUGCUGACGUGCGAGAAGUGCAGUGGCUUGAGGAGUCCCAGCGAAAUUAGCUGCCGGUAUGAAUUGAUCGACGGUAUUCUGGCUCACACCGAAGGACCGAAGCAGGACAUGGAUUUCGAAAUGAUGAAGCGAAAGAUUGAGCAAAUCGAGCGGGAAGCGAAGCUUUAUCCGGUUGGACAACAGCAGGAACUGCCGAAGGAAAGUACUAACAAUCGAAUUUGUAACAAUUGCGGAGGAAUUACAGUUACCGGAGCAACAUGCGGUCGAGUUCCUUGGAUGGCCGGUGACAGUGGCUAUCCAGAUGGUAGCGCCAAACGAUUUUUUCCUCCUGGUGAUGUGGAUGUCACUGCUACAACACGAAUAUCAGAACCAAACUUUGCUCACUCGUUUGGAGGUGAAAUGAGACCUAUGCAACCGCGAUCGAAUAGUUAUCCUCUUCGCACAAUUCAGCAGCCGGACACUGGUUAUCUAUGUCCUACAUCCGUCGGAUUUCGGCACUGUGAACGUUGUGGCCUCAACAUGGACUGGCUACCCUUACAUGCGACCUGUCCAAAGUGUGGCUACAGAAGCCAACCUCCGCGAACCAGAAGUCCCGAGCCGGCAAUGUAUGAAAUCAGUCCGAGUCGAAUGAACUCCCGAUUGGAGGAUUUCGAAUUUAUUGAACCUCAAAAGCGCCAAUCUUUGGCAGCUUCGGGUCGCUCCUUGUCACUGGAAGUGAGACCCUGUCCGCUUUGUCGUCUGCGUGGUGGCCGUUGUCCCGAUUGUGAACGACGUGCUUCGUUGGGACGACAGGAUAAAACAAACUCCACCACUCAGUCAUCUACCUCGGAUUCGGAAAUGCUGGCCCGCAAAGCUUCCGAAAGACCAAAAACCAGACAAUCGUUGCGACACCGAUUUGAAGGAAUGCCAAAAAAGCUCAGCAAGGCCGCAAGAUUAUCGCAGCUUCAAAAAGUCUACGGCGAUGAUGAACAGCGGAAGCCGGAAAAAUCAAGCCCUCGCUCAGCUCGUAGCUCUGUUGUUUCCCUUAACGUGGAAGAUAUCUUGAAAAAAUCUAAAGUUCAUGCCAAGAAAAUGAUUACCGAUGGCGUUCCGAGCAUUGAAGUGAGAAAGUUCGGUUCUGAUCUCAAUGUAAUGGAUAAAUUGGACAGAGGUUGUUCCGCCAUCAGUGCAAAACAGAUACGUAAGAAUCAGAGAAGUUUAUUGCGACAGAUAAAAAAACAGAACCGUGGCAAAUACUCGUACAAGUACGGAAAUCGUUAUCCCGGGAUCGUUGCUGGACACCGUGAGUGCAUUCUUCGUGGCAAUCCUGUACCUCCGCAUAUGGGUUGGCGCUGGGAUAUCAACACGCCCGGUAUUGGGUGUGUUCGAAAGGGAUGGCGUCCGGGUGCCGUGCGGAAACCGAUAAAGGAACUAAUGCAGCACUUUUUGGUUCAUUACCCGCUGGAUAAUGUUCCGGUCAGUAGAAGGGGCAAACGAAGCUUGAAAAUGGAUGAAACAAAGAUGGAGCAGACAAAACAAAAGCAUACACUACAAAUUGUGAAGCGAAAUGGACAGUAUUCAAUUGUAAUGAAUCCGUUGAAAGAUUCACAAACUUUGAAAACGGCGCAGGAUCCUUAUCUCGCUUGUGAGCCGAUACAAUUCAAGCUGACAAAAGAUCCCAACAUGAGUAAGCUGUACCAGCUUCGUAAUGCACUGAAGGUCAAGGGAUUCACGAUGUGCGGCUGUUCCGAGUUUGAAUCUUGCAGUCACAGAAACGAGAAAGAGAAGAAACUGAUGGCAAAAGAAAUGCGGAAGCUUUCGAAGCGUCUCGGUCUCGCGGUGACAACCGAACUGAAGGACAUUCCAGUCGAGAGUGAAUCGGAAUUGGAUUUGGAGUUUACUCCUCCGUCGGCCAUGUUGAAAUCGGGGGUACGAAAACCGGACGUUGUUUGCACGGAAACACAGUACUGUGUGGAGGAUUACAAGGUUCAGAUUCCGACGGAUAAGCUCAAGUGCAGCUCAAGUGGUCGGGCAGAUCCGUGGGAUGUUGCGCGAGAAUUGCUGGAGGAAGAGGAGGAGCCAGUGGUGGAAAAGGAUCAGGCACUGGAAAAGGAAUGGGUGGAGGAAAAGCCGGGACUGGAGAAGCUGCGACAGGAGGUACUGGAAAAGAAACGGCAGGGAAAGGAGGUGCUGGGAAAGGCGGUGCUGAAAAAGGUGGUGUUGCGAGAGGAGGUGCUAUUAGUGGAAAUGCUGGUGAAGGAGGUGCUGGAAAAGGAGGAGUUGGGAAAGAAGGUGCUGGAAAAACAAUACCCGGUUCGAGGGGAAAGAAUGCUGCAGGUUCUGCUGCUGGUGAAGCAUCCAGAACAAAGAACAAGUGAUUAUAAUUUAGCAUUCUUAUAUUUUGAUACUUAA